UGGUCCAAAGUCUUUUCAAAAGGUUCACAAGAACAUCUGAUCAAAUUCAUGACCAUGGGGGAUAUGAAGACCCCAGACUUUGAUGACCUUUUGGCAGCAUUUGAUAUCCCAGAUAUGGUGGAUCCCAAAACAGCGAUUGAGUCUGGACAUGAGGACCAUGAAAGCCACAUCAAGCAGAAUGCUCAUGUGGAUGACGACUCUCAUACUCCGUCAUCCUCAGAUGUUGGCGUCAGUGUCAUUGUGAAAAAUGUUCGCAACAUCGACUCCUCUGAGGGAGCUGAAAAAGACAGCCACAACUCCACAGGCAAUGGCUUGCAUAAUGGGUUUCUCACAGAGUCCUCUCUUGACAGCUAUGGUAAGGAUGGAGCAAAGUCCAAGUCACCUACCUCAGAGGUAACGCUUAAAGACCCAGCAUUCAGCCAGUUCAGCCCCAUCUCCAGUGCUGAAGAGUUUGAUGAUGAUGAGAAAAUAGAGGUGGAUGACCCUCCGGAUAAGGAAGACACACGGUCCGGCUUUAGAUCAAAUGUAUUGACUGGCUCAGCUCCCCAGCAGGACUACGACAAGCUGAAGUCACUAGGAGGGGAAAACACAAGCAAGACUAGAAUCUCUAGAUCCGGCCAUGUAGAGAAGAACAAAGUCAAGCGAGAGACAGAAACAAGUUCCAUAGGCCUGAGUGUUUAUGAGCCCUUAAAGGUGAGGAAAGCAGAGGAUAAGUUGAAGGAGAACUCUGAGAAGAUGCUUGAGAAUAGGGUCCUUGAUAGCAAGCUGAGCUCCGAGAAGAUUGACACCAGCCUUGCUGCUGUCACAUCUUCCAAAACGAAGUCGUCCUCUAAUCUCUCUUCGUGCAUAGCUGCCAUCACAGCCCUGAGUGCUAAGAAAGCUGCUUCAGACUCCUGCAAAGAAGUCAUGGCCAAUUCAAGGGAAGCUUCUCCAUUACCAAAGGAAGUGAAUGACAGUCCCAAAGCUGCCGACAAGUCUCCUGAAUCCCAGAUUCUCAUUGAUGGCACCAAGAAAGCUUCCCUGAAGCCAUCGGACAGUCCCAGGAGCAUAUCCAGUGAAAACAGCAGCAAAGGGUCCCCAUCGUCCCCUGUGGGGUCUACCCCAGCGGUCCCCAAAAUCCAUAUGAAGACCAUCAAGACAUCUGGGGAGAUCAAGAGAACAGUGACCAGAGUGUUGCCAGAAGUCGACCUGGACGCUGGGAAGAAGACUUCUGAGCAGGCGGCAUCUGUGAUGGCAUCUAUGACAUCACUUCUGUCAUCUUCAGCAUCAGCUGCUGUCCUUUCCUGUCCCCCCAGGGCACCUCUGCAGACGGCCAUGGUUACCAAUGCUGUUUCCCCUGCAGAGCUGACACCCAAAAAACAGGUAACCAUCAAACCCGUGGUGACUGCUUUCCUUCCUGUGUCUGCUGUCAAGACGGCAGGGUCUCAAGUCAUCAAUCUGAAGCUCGCUAACAACACGACAGUGAAAGCCACAGUCAUAUCUGCUGCCUCCGUUCAGAGUGCCAGCAGUGCCAUUAUUAAAGCUUCCAAUGCCAUCCAGCAACAAACCGUUGUGGUGCCAGCAUUCAGCCUGGCCAACGCCAAACUCGUGCCAAAGACUGUGCACCUUGCCAACCUUAACCUUCUGCCUCAGGGUGCCCAGGCCACCUCUGAACUCCGCCAAGUCCUAACCAAACCUCAGCGACAAAUAAAGCAGGCAAUAAUCAACGCAGGGGCCUCCCAACCACCUAAAAAGGUGUCUCGGGUCCAGGUGGUGUCAUCCUUGCAGAGUUCUGUGGUGGAAGCUUUCAACAAGGUGCUGAACAGUGUCAAUCCAGUCCCUGUUUACAUCCCAAACCUCAGUCCUCCCGCCAGUGCAGGGAUCACGUUACCGAUGCGUGGGUAUAAGUGCUUGGAGUGUGGGGACUCCUUCGCCCUGGAAAAGAGCCUGACUUAGCACUAUGACAGGCUUAGUGUGCGCAUCGAAGUAACUGGGGCGGUUAUUUCAGCGCCUCCAAGCACACCCAUCAGCCCAGCUAUGCCCUAG